CUAUUUGGUGCGAUACUCCUCCUGAUAUCUUCAUACCUAAAGGCUACUUGGUUGUAAGUAGAGACAAAGCUGCCCUUCGGUGCCAGGAAGGUUACAAAACAGGAGAAAAUACUCGUCUAGUUUGUGAUAAAAACAAAUGGUCAGGCCCCAUCUUGAAGUGUGAGGAAAUUCUUUGCGACUCUGUCGUGGGAAACGAAAGCUUUUCAGCUGGUGGAGAAUGGCAAAUGACGGAGAGAGUCAACAAGUUUUCCUUCGGCACAAAACGGAAACUGAGAUGUGAUCCAGGUUAUGAAAUGACUGGACAGCCAGACACGGUAACAUGCUUAAAGAAUGGCACAUGGUCCAAAACAACUGCAAGAUGCAUCGAAAAAAAGCAAGAUGAUAAGAAAUCGCUUAAGAUAAUAGCUAUUGCCGUGGGGACUGUACUUGUCGUUCUAAUAUUUUGCCUCUUAGGACUAACUCUAUAUUGCGUCCAAAGAAAUCGGUCGAAGGAAGUUGUUGUUGUGUACAAGCCUGGAGAAAGUGGACAGUCCCAAAGAGAAAGUGAAGAUAAUUACAAUUCCACGACAUACUAUGAUGUCAUUGACGACCGCCCUCCAAAAGUCCCUGUGUUUCCAGGAACCUUAAGCAAAGGCUACUCGACUCCAGUAGACAGUCGUUUUGGUACAAAUAAAAUGCCCGCGGAUAUAGCUUUUGGAACGCUGAAGACUUCCACCCUUUAUAGCUCUUAAAAUUUUUCCUGUAAAAUUUAAUAAUUAGUCUUGGUAAUAAUGUGAUUUUAUCAAGGAUAAUUUUACAUUGGUGUAGGGCAGCGUUUCUCAAACUAUAGUCUACGAACCAGAAGUGGUCUUCGAGAUCUGUCCUUGGUAUUCUCGAAGAUUUGCACAAUUGUUCUGUUAUUUUUAAUCGAAAUUAUCAAGAUUUCACAUCAUUUCUUGCUGACAACAUGUUGAUAAGUAUACUGGCAUAUCUUUCAGAUGUAUUCUCAAUAGUAAAUUCACUAAAUGUCUGUCUACGAGGUAAUUCUUAGCUAUUCUCAGUGCCCAUCCGAAAGUUAAGGUUUGAAAUGAAACUUGGUUUGUGAAUUCGUUUAUAAAGCCUAAAUUUUUGCCAUUUCCAGCCUUAGAAUCUCAUUUAGUAGAAAACAGUACCGUUACACUGGAAAUGGAUUCUGCAGUGACAUAUGAUUGCAUAAUCAAAAUUCUGAAGUCACUGUUUGAAACUCAUUUCCUAAAGGGUAAAUAUAAGAAAUUUUCAUAGGUUCUUGAUAGCUUUAAUUAAAUUUGAAAAACCAAAGUGUUAUUGAAUGAAAGAGAACAAUUAUCUGAACUCUCCAGCGACACAGGAUGUUUAACGAAAUUCCAAGCAAAAGGCAUUGUUAAAUUGUUAUAUUCUGGACAUAACCAGCGAAAAUGGAAUAUAGAGAACUGCGCAAUGAUGCUUUAAACACUGUAAUUCAGUUUGCUUCUACGUAACUGUAUAAAGAAAACGUUUUCACUGCCGACUCAAAUAAAGACCAAGUACAUAAAUAGGCCUGGCCGAGACUUAAUUUUAUCGACAUAUAUAUCCAAACAUAAAACAGCUUUGUAAGAAUUAGGAGGCUCAUUCACAUCUAUAAUGCGAGUCCCAGCAGUUAUUUAAUUUUUAGCUAUUAAUGUUAUCCACACAUUAAUAGCUUUGAAUAAUAAAAGACAAAUAUAAAAUUUCUUCUAUCGAUUCAAUUAUGAUUAAUACCAUCAUAAAAUAAAAUAAAUUUUAAUUAAUUGUAUUUUAAAAAUAUAAAUAGACUUAUAGAAUAUACGUUUAAAAACAUUGCUUUCGAAACGUACAAGAAGAAGGUAGUACUCAGAUCAUUCUAACUUAUAAAAGUGAUCCCCAUUCGAAAAACGUUUGAGAAACGCCGGUGUAAAGGGAAAACUUAACACCAGUGUAAAUACAUUAUUAAGUUUUGUAAGUCAUAUAUCAGCCAUAAAUAAUAACAAUAAACUUAUUUACAUUUCGUGAA